AUGCAUGGACGUCCAAAAUCUCGAGCGCUAAGAAAAUUCCCCACCCGAGCUCUCGCCCGCGCGACGCCUGCACCCUCGACGCCCUCGACGCCUGCACCCUCGACGCCCUCGACGCCCUCGCCGCCCUCGCCUCACCACCGCCGUGCCCUUUUGCCCAACUCCCCCUGGACCGCCCAAUUCCCCCCCCCGCGACCCAGACACACGCCCGCCAUGGCCGACACCGCCGCCGCCGCCGCCGCCGAGGUCAAGCCCGCCGAGGCGCCCAAGACAGCCACCGAGGGCGAGGAGAUCCUGCGCCUCAACGGCAGCGACGCCAAGCCAGACCGCCGCGACCGCCGCGAUGACCGCGACCGCGACCACCGAGGCGGCCGAGGAGCUCGUGGAGGCCGUGGACGCGGAGGCCCCCGCGGCGGAGGAGGCUUCAAGAACAGAAAGGCGCGCAACAACGAGUUCGAGGACCUGCCCGAGACUGACGACCCCGUCGAGAUCCGCAACCAGGUCGAAUUCUACUUCUCCACCCACAACCUCGUCACCGACGAACACCUCUUCAAGGAGCUCGACGGCCCCAAGAACCGCCCCGUCAGCAUCAAGCACAUCGCCGACUUCAAGCGCAUGCGUCGCUUCCAGCCCUACUCCGCCAUCGUCGCCGCCCUGCGCGAGAGCAAGGACCUGCUGGUCGUGGACGACGGCGACUUCAGCGGCCCCGGCAACGAGGCCGUCAAGCGCAAGGAGCCCCUCUCCGUCCCGACCAAGGACGACGACGAGAAGAACCCGCCCUCGACCUCGGACCUCUUCUUCCGCCUGCAGCGCGCCUCCUCCAACGACCUCGGCCGCAGCGCCUACGUCAAGGGCUUCGGCGACCCCGAGGCCGGCCAGAUUGCCCUCGAGCAAUUCUUCCGUCCCUUCGGCGCCGUCAUGGUCCGCAAGCGCCGCGAGGCCGACGGCACCUUCAAGGGCAGCGUCUUCGUCGAGUUCGACACCGAGGACAGCCAGAAGCAGUUCCUCGCCCUCGACCCGGCCCCCAAGUUCAACGACAACGCCCUGACCAUCAUGGGCAAGAAGGAGUACUCGGAGAUGAAGUGCAAGGAAAAGGGCAUCAAGCCCGAGUGGGAGCGCUCCGACGAGAGGCGCGAGCACCGCGACGGCCGCGACAACCGGUCUGGCGGCCGCGGUGCUCGGGGUGGCCGCGGAGGCCGCGGUGCCCGUGGAGGACGCGGCGGCCGCGACGACCGCAACCGCCGCGACACGCGCUCUCGCCGCGACCGCAGCCGCUCUGUGGACGGCGACGACUGGAAGGACCGCCGCGACCGCUUCCAGAGCGGCAAGGACGACCAGUCCAAGGAGUCCAAGCCGAUCGAGCGCGACGCCCACGGCGUCCCCGUCGUCCAGGAUACGAGCAACAAGCGCAAGGCCGACGACGACGCUGGUGGCGAGGACAAGAAGAGCAAGCUGGAGAUCAAGGAGGACGCCUAG